UCCAGACCGCCCCCUCCCCCAGUGAGGCUGCCGGCUGGGAGAGGAGACAGGCUGCCAUCCGGUCCAAGAAGGAGAACCAGCGAUACCUUGCCUAGCUAGCCCGCCGUCUGUCCGGCUAUACCCGCAGAGAGCUGAGGAGGAGGAAUAUCCGAGACCGUCGGAACUCCCGGCGGCGUCUAGACCUGUAACUAGAAAGCUUGCGAUGGAGGGUGGGAACUGAAAGGGCCGGGGUUCAGGACAAACCAGCCAGGAUCUAGAUACCGAUAGCCUGAUGCAUCAGCAGCUUAGAACUGUAUUGUAAAAUGGAUGGUUAAUUCUCAACCUUGUUGUAGUAGAGCAGACUCUAGGGGCCUAAGGUUGAGAAUCCUGGUUUAUGAACUUGACACCGCUUCCUAUGUCCACAGGGCAACGGGAAGUUCAGAGGAUGAGAGCUGGUCUUGUAGGGAGCAUGAAUUGUCUCCUUUCCUAAGCAUAGCCUGCAUGGUUUGCAAUUGGAUGGGCAACUACAUGUGAGCUCUCUUAAGAUAUUCCACAGCUCAGCAGAAAAGUAUCUGUAACCCAUGCUUGCAUGCAGGAGGUCCCAGGUUGGCUCCUUGGCGGAUUUAUCUCCAGGUAAGGCUGGGAGAGACUCUUGCCUAAGCCCUGGGAGAGCUACUGCCAGUCAGAGUAGACAGUACUGAGCUAGAGGGACCAAGGGUCUGACUCAGUAUGAGGCAAUGUCCUUUGACUCCAGCAAUGUCUUGCCUGCAAGGUUGCUUUGCUUCCAUAGACAGAGCUGGAAAUCGUGCUCCUUUCAUGAAGCUGGGCCCUUCUAAGAAGGGGACUCAUACAUACACUGCAGCCCCUCUGUGGGCCCUGCACCAAACCCGCCCCUCGGGGCCUUACAGGAAUGGAGGUGGGUGGUGGGGCGGCAUCCAGCACUGGGCAGUCGGCCUGGAGCAGACGCCUGUCGUUGCGGAGACCCAGCGGAACAAGGUCUCACCCAGAGGCAGAACCAAAGGAUGAAGAUGAAGAGGGGGCACUGACAGGUCAUCCCAGAAACCCAACCCAUGUUGCACCAUUUUCUGGGGGACCCCCCAAUGUUUUGGGGGACACUCUGGGGAAAGAGCUCAUUGAGGAACCCUCCAUGCCAGAACUUCUUCCAGCACCUCACAUCACCAACAACAUCCUGGGCGAAGUGCUCAUUGAGGAACCUUCCAUGCCAGAACCUCUUCCAGCACCUCGCAUCACCAACAACAUCCUGGAGGAAGAGCUCACUGAGGAACCCUCCGUGCCAGAACCUCUUCCAGCACCUCGCAUCACCAACGACAUCCUGGAGGAAGAGCUCAUUGAGGAAACCUCAAUGCCAGAACCCCUUCCAACACCUUGCAUAUGAACCCCUUCCAACACCAAUGACAUACUGGGGAAAGUGCUCAUUGAGGAUACCUCAGUGCCAGGUCCUUCCAUCCUCACAGACACUCCAAAGGAAGCAGUUUCUGUGUCAGAGCCCUUACUAGAGCCUUCCAUUGCUGAUAACUAUCUUCAGCAAGAACUCCUCAAAGGGUUACAGCAUGACUAUGUCCAGCAGCAACUGAGGGUUCGCCGCAUUUCCCAACAGUUCCCUCAUUCUCUCCAGGCCAUCAACCUGCAAAUUGGACACACACGGACAAGGCUCAUCUGCAGUGAAGUUCAGCUGCAGCGGUGGGAAAGGGAAGAUAUGUUCACAGCAUGCCCCUGAAAUUGCUGCUGGGCUAAGAAUGGCUCUUUUGUUUAUUUCAUGUUGAAAUGCUUGAUUUGAGUCUGCAUCUAAGGUUUCAGGGGGGAGGCCUGUGAGUGGGUUGUCAGUGCUUGCUGAAGUGUUCCUUCGUUUUCUGUCUUUCAUGUGUCCAAGCUCCAGUGCCUGUAAUCCAAGCAGCUUCUCAGAGUGAGCAGUGAGGGCAAGUGAUGGUGGGUGUGGUAGGAUGUCAGCCUUUGCAGCUGACCUCCUGCUUCUUCUUCUCUCUUGCAGAUGUUCCUGCAGGCCCUGCUGCACUUCUCCAGCCCUCUGGGUCUGAUUCAUCAUUGUCCUCUGCCUCCCUUGAGGUUGCCUCCAUCCCACCCUCCACCUGCAUCCCUCUCUACCUCCUCCUCCUUCCCCACCUCCUCUGGAGCCGGACCUCAGCAAUGUGAAAGAAACUCUGCAGAGUUUGGUAGAGAUGCAGAUCCAUCAGCUGCGUGACCUAUUCAUCUUGACUGAAGAAGUGAUGGAGACAACCACCGCGUUUGCCUAUGAAGAAUUUGUUGUAUGUGAUAAAAUGGACAUCCAGCUAUUUGGGAAAGUCUUUCUGCCUGCACUCUAUGCCCUUGUGUUCAUUGUUGGGCUAGUGGGGAAUCUCCUGGUGAUUUUGACCAUUAUGAAAGGUGGACGCAAAAAGAACAUCACAGACAUAUUUCUCUUGAAUUUGGCCAUCUCUGAUCUUCUCUUUGUGAUUUCUCUUCCUUUUUGGGGUUCAUAUAUUGUAUCUGGAUGGACUCUUGGGAACCUUCCAUGUAAAAUAGUUGCCUCUUUUUAUUCUGUGGGCUUUUUUGGAGGCCUGUUUUUUAUCACUGUCAUAAGCAUCGAUAGGUACCUGGCGAUUGUCCGUGCAACAUUUUUUAUGAAAGCUAGAACAGUCAGCCAUGGCUUUUUAACCAGUCUUUUAGUAUGGUCACUAGCCAUAUUGUUUGCAGCACCCCAGUUUGUGUUUGUGCGAAAGUUAGAGGGCACAUGUGCACCUCAAUACCCAGAAGCUCUGGAAAAAAUCUGGCCAUAUUUCAGCAACAUAGAAACCAAUGUCAUAGGAUUUCUCCUGCCAAUGUGCAUCAUGAGCAUCUGCUACCUCAGAAUCAUCAAAACCCUACUCUCCUGCAAAAAUAACCGGAAAAAGAGAGCCAUAAGACUGAUUUUACUGGUAGUGAUUAUUUUUUUUAUAUUCUGGACCCCAUACCAUGUAUCAAUUUUUCUACAUAUAUUAAGGCUCUGUGAGUUCUUUGAGGACUGCAGCACAUUAAGGUUUUUAGAUUAUACCAUGCAGGUGACUGAAGCACUAGCUUUCAGUCACUGUUGUCUUAACCCAAUCAUCUAUGCUUUUGCUGGAGAAAAAUUCAGAAAGUACAUUUCUCACCUGGUUCUCAAAUGCCUCUCAUUCAUUUGUUUCUGUGGGCCUUGCAGCCAGUAUCGUGGUACAUCCUCCAUUACCAUUCCAGAGCCUCCCAUGAGCAGCAUCCGGACCCAGAAUACCAGUGAACAAGAUGGCUCUGUCCUUCUCUGAUGGAUUAGUACAGAUGAAUAUUCAAUAGACUGAGUGUGCAGCUAUAAAGUGUCUUAAAUGUGAGCAUAUCUAUUGUUUUUCACACUGACAAAGCAGCAACAUUUAUGCACAGCAUGUACAUGUCCAUACUUUUUAUGCUGUUCAGAGGCAAAAUGUGUUUGGCACAACCUGAAAUGAUGUAAAUAUCCUAGCUUUUUGUAGAUUACUUAUUAGUGUGUGGCUACACAAUUAUGAUUAAUAACAAUAGCUAAUAUGAAUCACUAAUAGAAGUCAUAUUGUUUGAA